AUGAAGACGAGCUGGCGCGUGGCUCUCGCCGUGGUUCUGGUCGCUGCGGCGUCGCUCGCGUCGGCAUCGACGACGCUGUAUCCCCACGUGCCGCUCGUGAUGUGGUCCAACCGCCCAAUAUUUGCGAGCGCUAACGCCUACUUCAGCUCCGAACUCGACGAAACGGCCGUGGCAUCAAUUCUAAAGGUCACGGUACUGCACGAUCCAAUGAGCAGCGACAACGAGGGCGUUUUCAGCACUCUGCCACCUGCAGCUCCGCCGUCCGAAGUCGUGUGUCUGUACCUCGUGCCGACUCUGACGCUGGAAAACGUGGCUCAGCUCUCCAAAAGCACGAGUGCCUUUGUGCAGCACGCCGUCCAGCGCUCCGCAUCGUCGGUCGUAGUCCCGCAAACGACGCGCUCGACGCCUCUUCUGCCCGAGCUUCAGGCUGUCCAGCCGCACUUGGUAGACGUGGAGGGGCUGGCUACUUUUCUUGCAUCUAGUGAGGGGCAGGCGCUGGUUUCGAACGGCAAGACGGACCUCCUCGUUGUGCAGUUUCCAGCCGAGGUGGCGCUAUCGGACGUGGACGACGCCAUUGCGACAGCGUCGGCGACACUUUUGGCAGCCUCGAACGGCAUGACGGACUUUGCGUUGACUGGCAACGACGUCGCAGUGGUGGAGGUCGAGGACACAGUCGCUCGACGUCUUGCUGUUCAAGCCAAGGUCAAACCCACGCCCAAGUCGAGCGACACGCUGGCCGACAUCGUCUGUGAAGCAAACUACCUCGUCGGGUACAGCGCAGCCGGCAAAGCGUUCUGCUUUUCGCACUACGUUAACAUCACGCCCGACAUUAUGGCGGGUCUCCUCUUUGGACUCCUCUUCCUGUUCCUCGCGUACGUCGGCCUCAGUGUCUUGCAUCAGAUCCAGACGCCGCAACGAUUUCCAUCGCAAGGGGCGCCGCGUGGCAAGGAGUUCUAA